AUGAUUCGCAUUGGACAGUUGGUGGUGCGAAAUACGCAAAAGGUUAAGGGCAUCGAAAUUCGAAGAUGCCUCUCCGCUGCACCACAGGUCAAACAGGCCGAAGCUCAGCAGGCUGCACCGUCCGAGGCCGACAAACGACCAAACAUGUCCUUUCUGACGAACAUCUUCCGUGGCCAAGUUCAACCGGCACAGGUUUUUCCCUACCCGGAAGCUCUAGACGCUGAGCAGAAGGAAUAUAUUGCCUCGUUUGUCGAUCCGGUAACCAAGUUCUUCGAGGAGGUAAACGAUCCGGUGAAGAACGACGUUAACGCAUCGAUCGAUGAAAAAACCACCGGAGCGCUGUGGGAUUUGGGCGCAUUCUCGCUAAUGGUGGCGCCGGAAUAUGGUGGACUUGGGCUCAACAACACACAGUAUUCCCGAAUGUGCGACAUUAUCGGUGGGCAGGAUCUAGGUCUGGGCAUCUUCAUCGGUGCUCAUCAGAGUAUUGGCUUCAAGGGUAUUAUGCUGUACGGAGAUGAACGACAAAAGGAAAAGUAUCUGCCGAUGGUAUCAACUGGUAAAACGUAUGCCGCUUUUGCUCUUACCGAACCCAGCUCCGGUUCCGAUGCCGGUUCGAUCCGUUGUCGAGCGGUUAAGUCCGCCGACGGCAAGCACUACGUACUGAACGGUUCCAAAAUAUGGAUUUCGAACGGUGGAAUUGCGGACAUUAUGACGGUGUUUGCGCAAACCGAGCUCGAGGAUCCGAAGACGGGCCAAAAGAAGGACAAGGUGACGGCGUUCAUUGUGGAGCGUGGUUUUGGUGGGGUUAGUAGCGGUCCGCCCGAGAACAAGAUGGGCAUCAAGUGCUCCAACACGGCCGAAGUGUACUUUGAGGAUGUGAAGAUCCCGAUCGAGAACGUGCUGGGCGGUGAGGGCAAUGGGUUUAAGGUGGCGAUGAACAUCCUGAAUAAUGGACGGUUCGGUAUGGCAGCAACACUGUCUGGUACGAUGCGUGCCUGCAUCCAGAAGGCGGCCGAACAUGCCACAAACCGUGUCCAAUUUGGACGUAAGAUUGAAACGUACGGUGGUGUGCAGGAAAAGUUGGCCCGCAUGGCGAUGCACCAUUACGCUACCCAGUCGAUGGCGUACAUGAUUUCGGGCAACAUGGACACGGGUUCGUUGGAUUACCAUCUGGAGGCGGCCAUCUCGAAGGUGUUUGCGUCCGAAUCGGCUUGGUAUGUGUGUGACGAAGCGAUCCAGAUUCUAGGCGGUAUGGGCUUCAUGAAGGACUGUGGGCUAGAGCGUGUGAUGCGUGAUCUGCGCAUCUUCCGUAUCUUCGAGGGUACGAACGACAUUCUGCGACUGUUCGUGGCCCUUACCGGUAUCCAGUAUGCUGGGUCUCAUCUGAAGGAGCUGCAGCGUGCCUUCAAGAAUCCGGCCACGAACAUGGGACUGAUCUUUAAGGAAGGAUCGCGCCGUGCUAUCCGCAGUAUCGGGUACGGUGGUACGGAUCUGAGCACGUACGUAGCGGAUCCACUAAAACAGUCCGCUAAGCAGUGUUCGGAGUGCAUCGACCUGUUCGGACAGACGGUGGAGUCGUUGCUGAUCAAGUACGGCAAGAAAAUCGUGGAAGAACAGUUCUUACUGAACCGGUUGGCUGAUGCGGCCAUCGAUACGUACGCGAUGGCGGUCGUUCUUUCCCGAGCAACUCGUUCGGUGCGCAAGGAUCUUCCCUCUGCCGAGCAUGAAGUCCUGAUGACGAAAGCCUGGUGCCACGAGGCCAGCGAUCGUGUGCGAGUAAAUAUUCGCAAAAUCAACACCGAUUCGUUCGUGAAAAAUUACGGCGUCAUGUCGCAAAUUUCGAAAAACAUUUGCGCCAACAAUGGUAUCGCGCACAACAAUCCGCUAGAUAUUGAGUAA